AGCUUCUAGGGCGUGCUAGAUGACGUCCGGUUAUUGGGCAGGUAGGCAGAGUUGGCGAGGCUUAUUAUUCUGGAAAUGUGUUUUCUCGGAAUGCGCCUGCCUCCUCCCUGGUUGCUGACGCGCAGUCGACCAGGUUCAUGGAUAAACUUCGGGGAAAUCCACAACCCGCCACCACGACGAUGGAGAUAAACUCCUAUCCCACAGUACCACGUGCCUACCACCUGAAGCUAAGAUAGCUUAUCACUCCUCCUUCCACGACAAUCCUCAGCCCACAGAGUAUAGACAUUGCUGCAUAGAGUGCCAGUCGCUAGAUCGCCGCGCUGAGGAGCUAUUGUCAUGUUGGACACAUUCGAGAUAUUGACGACCUCAGGGGUCGUCCUCUGGUCGAGGAGUUAUGCGACAGUCAGCCCCGCCAUCAUCAACAGCUUCAUCGCCGACGUCUUCAUAGAGGAGAAAAGCACCGCUGGCCUCAAGGGUGGCCAAUCCGCCUCAAGCAAUGCCCCUUACAAGUACGACCAACACACUUUACGAUGGACGUUUGUCAAGGAGCUCGGCGUUAUAUUUGUGGCCGUUUACAGAUCACUGCUCCAUCUCUCCUGGAUUGACAAGCUUGUCGACAACAUCAAGACCAUCUUUGUCAAGCUGUACGGCGACCAGUUGACGAAGCCGAACACGACCAUCGUGGAAUGCCUCAACUUUGACGAGUACUUCGACCAGCAAUUGCAGGAGCUGGAGAAUGCGGGGUCCAAGGGUGACACGAAGGAACUCCGCACUUUGGAGGAAGGGGCAAUAAUAUCUGGCAACCUGGGUGACGAGCCUCCUGCUCCGGGGCUGAUAUACAGAGGCGCAAGGCACAAUGGCGCCGAGGAGGACCUGCCAGCCGAGGCGGCGCCGAUAGUGACGCCCGAUAUGUCCCGGCCGUCCACGCCGGGCCGUAAUCACUUGCUAGUUGCCAAGGCUCACCCCUUGGCAAAAAUGUCGAGGAAGGCGCGGAAGGCCCAGCACAACGUCUCUGCACCAGCAUCUUCGGGGGACGAAUCGCCGGCGCGGAAGGCCAAGACUGCCAAAGCGGCGAAGAAAGGUCGGAAGUGGGACGCGGACGGGCUCGCCGACGAAGACGACGGUGUUCAGUUGGACUACUCGGGUGCGAACGCCGGGGUGGGCGACAGCGAUGUCGAGCCAACGGGCCGCGCGGCCUUGGAAGAAGUAGACUCUUCCACGUGGGGCUCUAAGUCGAAGGGAAAGUUCGUGCUGAAGGAUUUGGACGACGAAGUCCACUCCAUUCUGGCUUGCGCAGCAGCCAAGAGCACCGCUAACAAGGCAGAGUCUUCUGGCGGUCUUGUUGGCUCCGGCCUAAGUGCGAUCGGCAGCCUUUUCAGAAACGUCGUCGGCGGCAAGGUUCUAACCAGAGAGGACCUGGACAAGGCUAUGAAGGGGAUGGAAGACCACUUGUUGAGAAAGAACGUGGCCCGGGAGGCUGCGGUACGGCUAUGCGAGGGUGUAGAGAAGGAACUUGUUGGAGUUAAGACGGGGAGCUUUGAGAGCACCAGUUCGAGGAUACAAGCUGCGAUGGAAGCAUCCCUCACCAAGAUGCUCACCCCCACAUCCUCCCUCGAUCUCCUGCGCGAUAUCGACUCCAUCACAGCCCCGCCAGCAACAUCACUACGCAAGCGCCGACCGUACGUCAUGUCGAUUGUGGGAGUCAAUGGCGUGGGCAAGUCCACCAACCUUUCGAAGAUCUGCUUCUUCCUCCUGCAAAACAAGUACAAAGUCUUGAUUGCCGCGGGGGAUACUUUCCGCUCCGGGGCUGUCGAGCAGCUGGCGGUCCACGUGCGAAACCUGAAGGAGCUGACGGUCCGGGAAGGCGGCCAGGUCGACUUGUAUCAGAAAGGCUACGGCAAGGAUGCAGCGACGGUGGCUAAGGAUGCCGUUACCUUUGCCACUCAGGAAGGCUACGAUGUAGUCCUCAUUGACACCGCUGGCCGGCGGCAUAACGACCAGAGGCUCAUGUCGUCGCUCGAGAAAUUCGCCAAGUUCGCUCAGCCGGACAAGAUCCUCAUGGUUGGCGAGGCGCUUGUGGGCACUGAUUCGGUUGCCCAGGCAAGGAACUUCAACGCCGCCUUUGGAUCUGGCCGUUCCCUGGAUGGUUUUAUCAUCUCCAAGUGUGAUACGGUAGGGAACAUGGUCGGCACUCUCGUGAGCCUUGUCCACGCCACGAAUGUUCCUGUACUCUUUGUUGGUGUAGGGCAGCAUUACUCGGACUUGAGGAACUUCUCUGUCAAAUGGGCGGUUGAGAAGCUCUUGAGUAAUAACUAAUAAGAUAUCCAUUGGUCGAUGGAUGCAUCUAUUUUGUACCUCACCUGCUAGUGACUUGGAUCCAAGUCCACACCCUGUACUAAAAUCUUAAAUGAAGUUACAGCUGUAAGAUCGGUGAUUGUGUUGAACCCUCCUUCAACCUCUCCUCUGAUACUGAGAGCAAGAAUUGAGUUUCGCGGUUAAAGCCCGCCAGCUCGUCGGUUAAAUGGAUUCCCACCUGUGAGAUAGAACUACCAGUGCUGCUAGUCAACCACUAGUCACUGCAACGGAUUCGACUACCGCAGUACAUAGCACAGGUAGAUAUAUAAGGCCUCACUAUGGCCGUUGCCAAGACUAAGAACCAACCAUACCUCCUGUGCCAACCUGAGACGACCUCCCGUAUAUCACGAAUUCGAGUCCGGUCUACGGGCUCACCCUUCCCUUCCACCCAUGGACCCCCUCUACCUCAAGACCGCACCCCCCCUUGACCCAGAAUG